GAGGAGGAAAUGUUUUCCAGGGAAGUAUAAAAAAGAGGAGGAGGACAAGGAGGAAUAUAGACAGUCCAGCAUGGUUCUCCUCUUCAUCAGAACCUCGCUUCUUACUCUCCUCCUCCUCCUCUUCCUCCCCCUGGCCCGUUGCGUUGCCUUGACGACAAGACCCCGCGGGCUCGCGUGCGGACAGGAGGUCCCGAACGCUCUCCUCCGAAACUUGUGGACGCAAAGUCGACUCCUCAUCCAAAGACUUCCUGAAGAAAGACGGCGGUCCAAAAGUUGGCGGCUGCUUCCAAAUUUCUGCACCGGCUGUCCUCAGUGUGUGAUUGGCUGGCUGGAGGUGAGGCAGAUGAUUGACAUCUACCAGCACAGAGUCUUCAACACAGAACUCAUCUCCAAGCUCCUCCCACUGCACUACCUUGACCUCCUGGACCGACUGCAACACACUCUGAUGCACUGUGUUCCUCCCGGCCCAACGUCAAAGUGGAUGAGUGCUAUCAAGAAUGUGGACAAACAACUUCAAAGGAGGAAGAGGAGGAAGGAAGGCGUGAUGAAGGCCGUGACAGAGUUCACCUUCAUCCUGACGUGGAUCAAUGAGCUCAUGCACCAGGUCCACCCGUCUUCAUCAUCUUCCUCCUGUCAGCUUUUUCAGAAUUUAGUACUCACUCGUCUUGGUCACAUUUCUACAAAAUCUCUGACGGCAAACCACAAACCUGCAAGCCGCGCCGCCAUGUCUCCACAAUGCUUGUGUCUACUGGUCCUGAUGGGAACAAUGGGUGUGUUUGCCAAUCACACGGGACAGCAUCCCGAAAUCAGGCGAACACUUGAGUCCAUUUCAGACGUGUUGGAGCUGAGGAAGAAAGACAUCGCCGGCGCGCCUCCUUUCAUGGGACUCAUCAGGACCGUCAACACCUGCCAGAGCCACGAGAUCCUCGAGGUGCUGAACGCCACACUGUCCAUGUACGGGCGUAUCUUCAACAGCAUCCUGGAGCGCUCGCCGUCCCUGUUGGACCAGGCGCCCCUCGCCAAGCGGGCCCAGCUGAAGGAAGACCUCAGGAAGCUGCAGGGCAAGACCCGGGUGCUCAGGGCACACCUGCAGCACUGCACCGCACCUGGCGCCAGACAGGCGCUCGACACGCUGAAGACACUCAAGGUGGACGACAUCAUGGUCCAGAAGGCGGCACUGGCCCAGUUCCUGGAGGUCUACAAUACGGCUACUCUGAUUCGCUCACGCAUUGUGACCACGCCCACUGAGGUCCCGCCCCUGCCAUGA